GACAAUCUCCGUAGCCAGGCGGCGCUUUUAUUUGGACUUAAGUUCAAUGACGAUCAUUUUCAAGAGUUGGAAAAGAACUUGAAUAGACUGAAAGAAAGACCUUGGAUGGUGAGCGAAUUUGAUACUGAAAAUGAUGACCCGUUGAUGUUUCCCAAACUUGUUGGCGAAGCAGUGGUGAGAGGAUGGGCGUUGGAAGAAGUACACGAAUCACCCGCACUACCCGAAAAAAGCGAAAUAUACGACAUCUCCUCGUAUGAAAGUCCGCAUGGCCACAAGGAUAUUCCAGAUGGUUCCUUAAUUAAAGGAAAUGGUCAUUUGGGCAGCGAAAAUAAGCAUGACAAACCAGUUGUAUCUUGGAGUAUGGAAACUCAGAGAGAUGAAGUCACCAAAGACAGGAAAGUGACAAUUGCCGAAAAAUUAUUGACGUCAUUUGGUACCGAGGGUUACAUUGUGGAUUCCAAGUUUACAUCUCCACCCUCACUUCCGCUUUAUUUCUAUGUGGGAUAUCAAGUGUUACAAGAACAUAGUCUUCUCAUGGAUUGUGGCCACAUUUUACUAUUAGAGGCGCUGAAAUCCAAUAGAACCGAUUACGUCAAAGUCCUUAUGGAUCACGGUGUAUCUGUCAAAAUGAAGGAUAUACCAGUACUGUACAAAUCGGUACGUAUAAUGCACUAA